CGUACAAAACUGAACUCCGCCCCGGCGAAAUAAAAUUGAGCGCCACCCGAAAUUUUGAAAUGUCGAAACCCUAAAACCCAUAAAACACCCCCAAACUCAACCAUCCCCACCAAUUCGACUCUCAUUUCCAGCAAUGGAGAAGCGAUUAAGAUCAUCUCUCCACAACUCUGCCGACGAAUUCCUCAAAUCAGCUGCUAAAAUAGGGUUUAAAUCCUCCAAACCCUCACUCAAAACCCUAAUUCACUCUCUCAACUCCUCCUCUCCACUCAUUAUCUCUCUCCCUUCAUCUCUCCACCGCUCCAUUUCUCAAUCAAUCGCUAGUUUCACUAAUUUGUCCGACUCAGAAGCUUUCGAAGACGCCAAAUCCCCGCCUACGAAACGACAUCGUAGGUCCUCUCGCUUCAGCAAUGAUGAUUCAGGUACGGAUAAUAAACGCGAGGAAUUAAAGCAUUCUAUUGUCGAGAAUCUUCAGAUUUGUACUCAUGUGGUGUAUUUGUGUGUGUCGCACCCGAAGAAAGUGUUCUCGCCUUCUGAUUUAUUGGCUUGUGCGCGUAAUUUGCAUGAUAAUCUAGUUUUGUUUGAGUUUGAUGAGGUGUUGAUGAGUGAGAUAGCGUGUUUGUGUGAAGAAUGGUGGAAGGAGGAUUUGCCGGAGCGAGAGGCAUUGAUUUCGUUGUCGAUGCCUCUUUUGCUGUCGAGGUCAUUGACGUUGAAGAGGAAAGUGGAUGUACAUAGAGUUUAUGCGCUUCGGGAGGCGUUUACAUGUUUUGAUUAUGAUGAUGAGAGUAUUGAGGACAUGAAGCGGUUUUUGCUCAGGUGUUAUAUUGAGCCGUUGUAUUUGAAGACGGAGGAUGGGAAGAAGUUUCUAUCGUUUCUGUUUGAGUUGGAUACGCAGUUGGUUAAAGAAGCUUUGGUGAUGAUUAGGUCGCAGAUUUCUACCGGUAGGAAAUCGACGUUGGAGGCCUAUGCGGAGAUUGUUUUUAAGGCUUGGAAGGUGGUGGAGGAUGAGGAGUCCAAGUAUGAUAUUGAAAUAAGAUUUUUACAGGAACUGAUUGAUAGCUGUAUUCAUGCUAGUUCUGAACAAUUUUCAGCCUCGAUUAGAAGGAUAUUGGGAGGAUUUAUCAGCCAGAGAACAAAUCGUGAUGUCGAAAAGCUUUUGUUUCACCUUUCAGAGCCUCUUAUAUUUCGGUCACUAGAGGUGGCGAACUCAAAUGUACGUCAAAACACACUGUUCUUAUUAUUAGAUAUGUUUCCUCUUCAAGACCCUGGUAUGACUAAGGAGGGAAAUGAUUUAUUGCUAGAGAAGCAAUUCUAUCUAUUGAACAAACUGCUCACUGAUGAAUGUCCAUCCAUAAGAGUUACAGCAGUAGAAGGUUCUUGUCGUGUACUUCAUUUGUUCUGGGAAAUCAUUACUCCGUCAACCAUCACAAAAUUGCUAGCUAAAGUUUUUGACUAUAUGACAAAGGACAAAUCUAAAGAAGUCAGGCUUGCUACACUGGAUGGCAUUGUAUAUUUGCUUGGUAAUCCUCAAUCGCACGAGGUUCUUAGAGUGCUUCUACCGAGAGCUGGUCACCUAGUUUCCGAUGCUUCCUCGUCAGUACGUGCUGCUGCUGUAGAUCUUCUUUUACUUGUUAGUGGGAUGCGAAAUUUUCAGUUUCACAAGGUAGCACGACUGGAUGUACUGCUUCUGAUACUUGCAAAUGAUCAAGCACUGGUUGCUCGGAAAAUUACUAAGCUUCUUAUUCCAUCAUACUUCCCUUCCACAGCAGGUUCAGCAGAAGCAUGUAGACGCUGUGUAACACUUAUUAAAAGGUCACCAAAAGCAGGAGCAAGGUUCUGUGAAUUCGUAUAUCAGGAAGGGGCAUCUCUGGAGUUCCUUAUGGAACUAUUUAGGCAUAUUAUAAGCUUGGCAUUGUCACCUGAUCACCAGGAACCAGAUCAAAUUAAUGCCUUUUUAGAUGCUUGCGCCUUCCUGUGCCAGAAUCUUGCUAGUGAUUCAUAUUACAAAGGUGUUCUUAAGGAGGAGGUAUGUAGUGAAAAGCUAAAUCGCUUGCUUGUCUCUUCAUCUACAGGGCGUGCUUGUUCUUCUCUAUGUAAAAUUGUUUCUGCAGUCUCUCAUGAUGGAAUAGAUAGUUUAAUUAAAGAAUGCAUGACCUUGGUUACAAAAUGUGGUGGUUUAUUAUCUGGUAAUGUGAAAAUGGAAGCUGAUGUGAGGUCUGUCCACAAGAUGAUGCUGGCUUGUGAUCGCUUUGAUUAUAUGUUUGAAACUUUGGCAAGGCUCUUGGGGAAAAUUGCUGAUGCAUGCCAUCUUAAAUAUGAUUUAGAAAGACAGACACAUGAUAUUCCCUCCACAAAACAAAGGAAGGCUAAACAAUUCACUGCAAUAUCUGGAAAGCGGAAGAAAACUUCUCCUAGCUCUACAAUUAAAUUUGAGGAAGAUUAUGCAAUUGCUGUAGGGAUUAGUUGGCAAAUCAAGGACCUGCUUAUAUUUGAUGACACAAGAAAUGCGGUGCUUGAGUCUGGAUAUAUAGAAUCUGUAUUUUCUUCCUUAAAAGUAAUUUCUGAGGUCAGCAUUAUGCAGACUAAGCAUUGUGAUUCUAUGAAUGUAUAUCCACUUUUAGCAUAUACUGCACUUGCUCUGCAUAUACCCAUCGAAGGUAUCAAUAAACAAGGUACAAAGCCGAACAAAUGCUCUGGGAGUUCAUCUUCUGAGCAAACUUUGUUGGAACAGACACUAAAUCAUCUACUCAGUUCUUCAAAUGAGUUACUUGGUUUAGGUAACUCAGGGAAGUCUAACAAGCUGCCUCAGGAAUCUAUGCAUACUAAGGCUAAAGUCCAUUCACAUGGGAAGAAGCAAAAUAAAUUGCAACCCGAUGUUUCUAGCCCUACUGGUGAUGGUUCAAGAAUAAAAAGAGUAGUGAAUAUGGUAAGAAUGCUAAGUGCUAUCCUGAAAUUUAUUGUUGAUGUCUCUGCUGUGGAACAUGUUUCUCUCAGUCAACCAAGGUUUUUGAUUUUUACACUGCGAUACCUAGAAUUCAUCGACUCCAUUGUAAUGCAAUAUUCUCAAAACCAGCAGUGGCAUAAGGAAAAUGAUCUGAAAGAAACAUUCCUCUGUUUGAAAAGUUCAUUCACAUAUGCAAGCAAGUUGCUCCAUGAAGUCAUCAAAUGUUCCUGUAUGACUUCAAUGCCUCCUGCUGAAACCUAUACUCUUUCUAAUAAGCUGCUUGACCUGUUUAUUUCUGUUGAAGAGCACAUGGGUUCCAGCUAUGCAACACGUAUAUUUGCUGCAGCUAAACCGUGGUUGCCUGAUCUGACUUUAGGAUUAGGAUCCUGGAACAUUCUAAGGCCGUCUUUAGGAGAAAAUGUGAGCAAAUUUAUACCUGAUCAUGUUAAAUCUAGUUUCCCAUCAUGGCUCAAACAUGCAGCAGAGGCUGAGGUAAAUGAAAUUUGCCCAGAUGACGUGGAUGAUGAAGCAAAGAUGGAAAAUUAUCCGGCAUCCAGAAAACUUGUUGAGUUGAUGAUUCAGCUAUCUAGAGCUAAACAUGAAUUGUUAGAUGGAGUUGGAGCAAUUUUCUUAAUUGGUUCAGUAUAUGGGCUGGAGCAGAGGGACUUUAAGCUGGUACUAGGUCUUGUGCAUUUUGUCUGUGCAAAGCUGGUCAGGGACGAUUAUAGUGGAUGGGAUAAACUAGAUAUGAUGUUAGAAUAUCUGAAAGAGAUUUACCCUCAAAUAGAGAAAGAAGCUGAGCUCAAUGACAAAUUACAGAGUGUGAGAGAAUUGCUUGAACCUAUAUGGAUGCUUCAUAACCGUGGCAGUGAUUUUACACAAGAGGAAGGAUAGUCAGAUUCGGACAAGAGGAAGAAUAGUCAGAUUUGGACAGCAGGAAGCCCGGUGGCCCUCUGGAAGCCUUGUCAUCAAGAGAUAAUUGGCAAUGUAUCUUAUUGUGGCCAAGUUUUUUCCCGAUUAAUUUCUUUAAAAAUAUUUUACCGAUUAUACUACAUAUGACUAUAAAUUUCUGAUAAAUUGAAAGAGAAUGAAUUUGGAGUGAGAUUCUUCUCUCUCUUUUUUAAAGGUAUCGGUGCUCUUAACUCUUUA